AUGCGUCUUCUCGACACCACAACUUUCGAGCUGGCCUUCAACAGCCCCUCCGUGUUCAAGCAGGAAGGCUACGCAAUCCUCUCGCAUCGAUGGAUCGGCUCGGAAAUCACAUUUGAGCAGCUAGGGGGACAUAUCGACGCGCUCCGGUCAGCAGGGGUCACACCCUUGGAAUCACCUCAGCAGGACAAAAUUCGGGGCGCAUGCCAAACCGCCAGGGCCAAAGGCAUCAAGUGGAUGUGGAUCGAUACGUGCUGCAUUGACAAAUCGAGCAAUGUUGAGCUAUCCGAGUCGCUGAACUCAAUGUUCCAGUGGUACCGCGAUGCCAAGUUGUGUAUUACUUAUCUGUCAGAUGUCAUCAGAAAGGGAACCGACAGAGAGGGCUUCACCAACGAGGUGGGUCAGCCCUCCGUAUGGUUUUCACGUGGCUGGACGCUGCAGGAGCUUCUCGCCCCGCGCCACCUCGAAUUUUUUGACAAGAACUGGGACCCCAUGGGCGAUAGAGCCGAAUUGGCGGGGCAGAUCCAGAAGAUUACCGGCAUUCAGAGCAAAUAUCUCAAAGGCGAAACAAAGGAUGACUUCAGGGCUGCAUGCGUUGCUACGAAGUUCAGUUGGAUCGCAAGCCGCCAGACAGAGCGCGACGAGGACAUGGCGUACAGCAUGCUGGGUCUCUUCGGCGUAACGAUGGACCCACGUUAUGGCGAGGGCUGGGGCGCAUUCAUGCGGCUGCAGAAAGAGCUGCUUGCUAGGUCGGAGGACGAGUCACUGUUUGCGUGGAAGAUGGCGGAACCCGACGCCGGGUUGAAGCUCCUCUCUGGAGUCCAUUCACAGCAGCAGGAGAACUGGAGAGAAAACGAAUGGGGCCUCCUGGCGCCGCGCCCGGUAUGUUUCAAGGAUUGUGGUCAGAUGACAGUUAUUUGCCCCGGGGACAGGAAAAAGUGGAACAAGUACAACUUCGAGGAAUGGUCUUGUGAACACCUGCGCGCUGGAAAUUCGCGGUCGAUGCAGCACGAGUGCAUGCCUGUGCACGUUAUGCUCGGGGAGCGUUAG